AUGCUGACCCUGACCUCUGACUUCCAGCCUUCGGAACUGCCAUCUUGGCGACUGGUCUUGAUUGGGGUCUUCUGGCACCUAAGACAGGAGGGUCGUAGCCCUGCAAAGAAGAUGAAAAAGUCACUGGAGACGAUCAGCCCUAGGCUCCAACUUGUUAUGAAAAGUAGAAAGUGUGCUCUGGGGUACAAGCAGGCUCUGAAAAUGAUCAGACAUGGCAAAGUGAAACGGAUCCUCCUUGACAACUACUGCCCAGGCUUGAGGAAAUCUGAAAUAGAAUACUGUACCGUGUGGGCCAAAAGUGGUGUCCAUCACUACAGUGGCAAUAAAACUGAACUGGGCACAACAUGUGGGAGAUACUACAGAGGAUACACACUGGUUGCCGUUGAUCCAGGUGAUUCUAAUGUCAUGAGAAGCCUGCAGACUGGGGAAAGGUAAAUCACGCAAACAUUUUUCUUUACUAAAACUGGCCAGAGCUUGUUAAAAAAAAAGUGUGCGUGAGUUGGUAGUGUGGCAUAAAUAAGUAAAGCUACAAUAGGUAUCAUUAGGGUCGAAAUAUAGACAUAUUGGUGGCAACAAGCAUACUGAUUGAGCACACAGUUUCCGAAGCUAAACUGAAUGGCUUCAAGUCCU